ACGACGAUGGCGGCGGCGGCUUUGUAGAUGCCCCUCUGGAUGAUGCUCUCUCUCUGGGUGGGUGUCGCGGUGUAUUGUGGGCAGUUUUGGGUCUAAGCAGAGCACAGUUCGUCAUCUCCAGGAAAGAUGGCUGCUCUGGGCACCACAGCGGCUCUUCCUCCAGAUGUCAGUCCCGGUUUCGCGGUGGUCUGCUCGUUUCUGGAGCGCUACGGGUCUGUUCUGGAUCUGCCCGAGCUGUCGUUCCCGCAACUGGAGCGGUACCUACAGGAGACAUCAGCGGUUCCUCGGCCGUUGAUUGAGCUCCAUGUCAAACUGUUGCGGAAGAUCGGGAAGUCGGUCACACCAGACAGAUGGGAGAAGUAUCUCGUAAAGGUGUGCCAGGAAUUUAACAGCACCUGGGCAUGGGAAAUGGAGAGAAAAAGCUACCUGGAAAUGACAGUAGAGUGUAAGACUGGCAUUUUAAAGUACUUGUGCGAGUGCCAGUUUGACGACAAUCUCAAGUUUAAGACGUUAAUUAACGAGGAAGAUCCGGACAAGAUGCGUCUACAGCCCAUCGGUAGAGACAAGGAAGGUCUUCUGUACUGGUUCCAUUCAGAUCAAGAUCAGAAUAUACGUGUUUAUUCUGAGGAACAGGAUGAUUUGGAUGGGUCCUCGUGGAAAUGCAUUGCAAGGACUAGGAAUGAUCUUGCAGAUACACUAGAACAGCUUAAAGCUAAGAUCGAUCCAGCCGCGACGGACCAAGAGAAGCAAGACGGUCCCACCAGCCCAAGUAUGGAGAAAGAAGAUGUUAAAGGCGAGACCGAAGACGUGAAGAACCAUGUAUCCGGAGAUUUUACCAACAGCACCUUCAAUUCCAACGAGAGUGAGUUAAUUCCUAAAGCCAUUAAGAAAGAAGCAGCGGAUCCCAUUAAACCAGAGCAAGAAGAGAAAGUCGCAGAAACUCUUAAACCCAGAGUUGUCAUUGACAACAGGGUUAGUACGAUCAAAACUCUCCUCAAAGAAGAACCGAAAGAUUGUCCCAAACCAUGGAACGCUAUUUCCGUCGUCAUGCCCCCAGCUUCCAUCAAACACGACCCGCCGGUGAAACCAGAGGCGCACGAAGACAAGAAAGAGCUGGUGUUUGAGAACGUGGCUAGAGUUAUAAAGAGCGAUCAACAGGCUAAAAUACCACUGAAGAAGAGGGAGCUGAAAAGGAGUGUGAGCAAUUACUACAGCAGCGUCAAUCACUGCAACAACAACCUUAACAGCAACGGUAGCAUCAGCACAGGAGGUAUAAUCGUUCGCAAUCCUUCUGUCUUGAUACUGAGGGAGCAGCAAAUCGGAAGAGAAUACCCAAAUGACGAGGAGAAACGACCGAUGGCUAUCAUCCCUGUAAGCCAAGAGCCAAAGGUUGACCAAAUGGCAGCACGGGAACACUACACAGGUGUUAUCAAAGGUCCCAUUGAGUGUAAAAAGCCAUUGAAUGAAGUCGAUAGUUCUUCAAAUGGUCAUCACGGAAAUGGGAAUGUCGUGAAGACUGAAGUUGGAGGCACAGAUAGUGUAAGACAGUCUGUCCUUGUUGGGAAAUCCACGGUUCAAGCAGACAACGGUCCUCUUCCUUGUAGCAUCCCUGAGGGUUUGUUAAAAGAUGUUUGCGGUAAGAUCCCAGAUGUGUCUGCGAAAGCGUCAAACCUUGUUGAGGGGUCGCCAACGACUGAAGAGACCACUUCAGUUGCGGAAAAGGUGGAAAAAGCUGACGAGGACGACGAAGAACUCAAAAGCAAGACGGCUGGUUUGUCAGCCGAAGAAAAAAACGAUGUUGAGUUUGAGGAUGUCAGCAAAGACAAAAGUCUGAAAAGCUCAAGAAAGAGACGGUUACAAAAGACCAAAUCCAAGCUGCGAGCAAAAGAAGAUGGGCAAAAUGCAUCGAGGAUGGGAGAGUUUUUGGAAAAGGAUGCUGAUAAAAUCGUACCCAACGAUGACGAAGAGGUAUCGUCAGAACUUCAGAAGGAAGGGAUUCGCCUGAAGAUUAAGAUCCCGCUUCACAGACGAACGCCUGAACUCCAGAACAAGGACGCAGAGGAGUCGGAAACCAGCAAUCGGAGAUCCCUGCGGAGAUCUGCCAGAAUCUGCAAGCCCAGCCCCAAAGUGGCAGAUAGUCGGGAUAGGAAACAAGACGGGAAACUUUCAGCCUCCUCAGCAGCUCCGGAGGAAGAGGAGUGCAUGGAAGACGAAGAGGCGAAAAUUCAAUCCAAGAAGGAGAUGCACAUAAAAGAGGACACAGACGUACACCCCAAGACUUUUAAGGCCAAACGGCGACACCGGCGGAAAUGUUGGUCAAAAAUUCGGACGAGAAAUUGCAAAUCCAAAGGAGCUCAGGAGCGGGAAGAAGAAAUGGCCGACGACAAAUCCGCAAACAAUGAAGAUAACACAUCAGAGAAAGGAGACCACAAGAGUGAGACCGAAUCGGACCAAUCCAAUGAGAUUCCACCGGAAGAUGCUUGUAAACACUGUGGGCUCGCCAACCACCCAGAACUAAUCCUUCUUUGUGACAUGUGUGACAGCGGCUAUCACACGGCCUGUCUGAGACCUCCUCUAAUGAUCAUUCCUGAUGGAGAAUGGUUCUGUCCUCCCUGCCAGCAUAAGCUUCUCUGUGAGAGGCUUGAAGAACAGCUUCAGAAUCUGGACACGGCUUUGAAGAAGAAAGAGAGAGCUGAACGAAGACGUGAGCGGUUAGUGUAUGUAGGUAUCAGCGUGGAGAACAUUAUACCCACCCCAGACGGUGAUGGAGAGGAAAGCUUGACAGAGAAGAAAAAAGAUGUUAAGAAGAGUAAGAAUCUAGGCAGGCGAUCGACUAGGACGAGGAAAUCCAUCAGUUAUAGAUUUGAUGAUUUCGAUGAAGCCAUUGAUGAAGCAAUAGAGGAAGACGUUCAAGAUCCAGAAGGAGGAGGCACUGGUCAUGGUGAACCUACGGCGCCGGUCACGAAUCAGCAGAGGAGCGCGGUGAGCCGAGAGAGUCGACGGCCGGUGAAAGCUCCCGCCCCGCGCAAGAGGAAACGCCGGAGACUCAAUGACCUGGACAGUGACAGUACGCUGGAUGAGGAGGAGAGCGAGGACGAGUUCCAGCUCAGUGACAGCAUGGAGGAGGAGGAUUUUGUGGCUUCGGGAGACGGUGCGUCUGACGGUGACGUGGGCUCUUAUGAUGCGAGUGAAUGGGGCAGCGGUGAAAGUGCCGCCGAAAAUCAACCGUCCUCCAGGAGAACAGGAAGAAGCGCUCGCUCCCAGAGAACCAGGAGGAGCAGACGCAGACCUCCUGACCGACGAAGAGGUUCCUCAGAAGAAGAAGACAUGCUAGACUCUGAGGAAGAGGAGGAGGAAGAAGAGGAAAUGGAAACCGAAGGCUCUAACGAGUUCAGCGACAGCGACGUGGACGUGAAUAGAAGGCGUCCACGACGGCGUCAGAACUCUCAUGUCAACUACUAUGAGACGUCAGAGUCUGAAGGGUCACAGAAGGCGUCCGGUCAGAAACACUCCUCUCUUCCUCACCGUCGACGGCUGUCCAGCUCCAACAGUGAAGAGUCCAUACCUUCUAAAGAGCCAAAGAAAUCGCUUCAAAGAUCUGAAAAAGGACGCAAGUGUAAUUCAUCAAGGGAAGAGUCCAAACACAGGCACAAACGAGAAAAACAGAGACUGCAGAGAAGCUCCAGUGAAGACAAGGAGGAGGAGGAUGGAGGAGAAACAGAGGACUCUGAGGAAGACGAACCGCCUCUUCGCAAGAGGUCGAACCGCAUCGAAACAGACGAAGAAGAGGAGGAAGAGGAGAACAGACGAGGAAGAGUCCGGUGGAAGCACAGAGCGGGUUCUCGAGGUCCCGUCAGGCACAACGGCUUGGUCCCACUGAGGGCCGCAGCUCAGGAUGAUGAGGAUGAGGAUGAGGAAGAGUUCACUGGAGUCACGGACCUUGUUAACUUUGUUUUCGACAGUGAACAGUUGUCAUGAUCAGCUCAGUAGGUUAAAUACGUUUUCUCAUCGCCUUGUCAUGGGAAUGUCCCUCUUCAGCCAACGUAGUCUCCUGGUUUUGGGUGUAGUGGACCAAAUAUGAAGCUUCCAGACUGUGUAGUGUCUGUUCAGAUGUUUAAAAGCACUCUAGUUCAUCCAGCCGCAUGCAUCGUCCUACCGGUUUAGAACAGGGUCUUCUUAAUACUCCAGUCACCAUUCCUCAGAGUGAAGCACUUUGUCAUUUACGGCCAGUACCAUUUCGUUUGUAUAAAGCAGCUUCGGUCGUCCUGUAGAGACAGUGGACAGCGCGCAUUUGAAGCUUACGUGUUACGUGCAUUUCAAACUGGUGUUUUAGACUUUUACAUUCUCUGUGUUGCUGUUUUCUUCUUUUUGUAUCUGAAGGAAAUUCGAGGUUGACAAGGUGAUGCUGAACCAUAAUUUAAGGAUAUGUUCACCCGAAAAAUGAAAAUUUGAUUGAAAAGUUUGUGUCAUCAUCAGAUUUGAAGAAAUGUAGCAUUGCAUCAGUGUCUCACCAAUGGAUGCUCUGCAGUGAAUGGGUGCCGUCGGAAUGAGAGUCCAAACAGCUGAUAAAAACAUCACAAUAAUACACAUUCCUGCAGUCCAUCCAUUACUAUCUUGUGAUGCCAAAAGCUGCAUGUUUAUAAGAAACAAAUCCUUCAUUAAGAUGUUUUAACUUUAAGUUAAGUCCUCUGUCCAGUGAAAAAUACUUGUCUGGAUCAGGAGAGAAGUAUGCAGAGAUCCAGCAUAAUUUACAAGUGAAAACAGUCCGUAAAAUCUCUAAACAAAUAUGUGGUUGUAUAUUUUAAAAUAUACUCUAAACAAGUAUAUUUUAAUUAUAAAAUUUCCUUGUUUCUUAUAAACAAGCGGCUUUUGACUUCACAAGAUGUUAACUGAUGGACUGGAGUGCUGUGGAUUAUUGUGAUGUUUUUAUCAGCUGUUUGGACUCUCGUUCUGACGGCACCCAUUCACUGCAGAGGAGUGAUGGAAUGCUACAUUUCUCCAAAUCUGUCUAAAUGGGGAAAAACAAACAAACAAACAAACAAACAAACAAACAAAAAACUAAUCUUUAUCUUAGAUGGCCAGAAGGUGAACAGGUUUUCAGCAAAAUUUUAUUUUAUGGUGAUUUAUUCCUUAAAAACGAAAUAAGCAGACCAGCUAAUAAAGGAAGAAACACUUUGGAGGAUAAUAGAAAAUGAUCUUAAUAUUAAAGAUUCUGCAAUUUAGCUGCAAAUGAUUUUAAUUUAAAAGACUAAUAUACUCUCUUUACCUAAAAUAACAUUGUAUGUUAUAUUACAAAGGACAUGAUUUACUUAUUUCUCAGAUUAGGACAUUUUCUGUACUUUGAAAGCUGUUGCUGAAGUUUUAGUACACUUUAAUGAGACGUUCAGUCACAUUUAAGUCCCUGUCUGAGUUUUAACGUGUCAACUGAAUGCACUUGUCGUUCAAGCACCUUUGACGUGCCUUUCGGUACCUUAUUGUUGAAAUGUUCUGUUCGACAACAGUCUGGAUCACUCUUUUCAGAGUUGUCUUUUAGUGUUUACUCCAGGCUGGUGUUCUUUAUGUUGGAAGAUUGUUUGAAUUAGAACGCCAUCAUUCCGACACAAAUCUAAUAUUCAAAAAACCUCACAAGCACUAGAAUAAUAAUAAUAAUGGUGUUUUAAAAUUUGCUUUCAGUCAAAUAAUGUGUUUUUAAACCGUGUACUACUGGAAUUCGUGUUUUCCUUCUCAUUUUAUUUCACUCUUACUUUCCAAAUGUACAUCUCCAUAUUUCAAGGAAAAUAUUCACAAAACAGAAAUAAACUUAAUGUUGCUGUUAA